CAAUAUAACGAGUGACGCUCCCCAAUUUAAUUCUACCAUCACUUCGUCCCUACGAGCUGCGACCAUACAUAAAAGGAAAAAAAAAGGCGCGAAUUUACUCAUCUCUCUCUCUCUCUCUCUAUCCCUCACCACAACAAACUAGGCUUUGGCAUACAGAUUCUGCCAGCGGUAUUCGGUGUCCAUCGUCAUCCAUAGCUUUCCAUCGGUGGUUUCGUUCGACUAUGAUUUAGGUUGUUUUUGGUUCAAACUUCGAGGUUGUGGCUUUUGGGUGUUUGGCAAGGCGAACUGCAAAGGAGUUAUUCCCCUUUGGAUUGGUUUCAAGGUUCAGUUGUUGUAGAGGGGUUACAUGGCGGUGGUGCUAUAUAUGCUUAAAGGUUAUAAAGGUGUUGAUACGUUGUUGUAAAAUUGCACUGCACUAACAGCUAUAAGAAUGUCACGUAAAAGGAUUAGGUGUAUGGUUUCGAUUGAUGCUGAAGAAGUGGAAACUCAACAUCAACCACAAGUUACGCAACAACAAUCUCAACCCCAAACACAACGUUUCCAACAACAGUCCCAAUCCCAACCACAAGCUACUCAUAAUGAAAUACGUACUAAGAACUCUCAACCAAAGAGAACCCGUGCCCUACAUUAUGUAAGAAUUUACUUAAAAUUGAUUCCACCAAAUGUGUAAAGGUGGAUUUUAAUGAAAUGUUGCAACCCGUUGGAGAUUCUAGUUGUAGCUUUGGUCAAUUUAUAGGGACCCUUGCAAGAAAUGGGGUAAAACUACCCAUUGAUGUAAGCGAUUGGAGAAAGGCGCCUCCAACAACUAAGGAAGACUGUUGGAAUUUUGCAAAGGAGCAAUCUAUGACUCGAGCAGAAUUAUUUGUUAAGACCCAUACACGAAAGGAUGGGAAGGUUGUGAAUAAAGGCAUCUGAGGAAGUCAUUACACGGGUAAAACAAGUUAUGUCUUCUCAAGCUUUGGAGUCUUCAUCACAAGCAACCUCUAUUGCUGCAAAAGAUGAUGUUCUUAGUCAAGUACUUGGAGAAGAGCGUUGUGGACAUGUUCAUGGUUUAGGGUUGGGACCAACUCCAACAUCUUUAUGGGGUCCAACCACCAAGCAUCAAAAUACACAAUUGGUUGCUGAGAACAAAGAACUCAAGGAAAAGAUUAACUCAUUAACUGGCAAAUAUAAUGACUUGGAUGAAAAAUUGAAGAAGGUUCUAGAGAUGUUGCAUAAUAGAGGAGAGGGUUCAACCAAUGCUACAUUCAUAAAUUCGCCAGAAAGUAUGCACUCCUCUGAAGCAAGCCACAUGGUUGAGAACCUUGGUCUUGUGGAUGAUGAGGUUCUCAACAAAACUUGUGUGGCUGAUGAUGCUAACUUUGAAACUAUGCCAACAACAAAUAGUCUGGAUGAUGUUCACACUACUACCCCGGUAGUUGGUGCAGCCAUUCAUCUUAUUGCAGAACAGACAAAUAAUCUGGUAAAAUUAUUAGAUUUGGAUGAUGAGGUGGUUGCAUAUGCUCUUCUCAAGAGUAAAGAUCCCACAAAGGAAGUACAAGGACGACCAUUGGGAGAUAAAUGGUCUGAAGUACUAGUUAGACUUUCAACGAAGGAUGAUGCACCACUUAUGAGGAUAGAUGCAGGGCGUAGAACCAUCAAAGAUGCAGCCGCUGCAACACAAACAAUUGCUUGGCGUAAUGAUUUUAUAAAAUCAGAUUUUCGGCCUCAUUGAUUGAUUGGAUGGAGAAAGACUUCGCUGAAAUGUAGAUAAAAUCAGAUUUAUAGACAAAUGGAAAGGUUUUUCCAUUGAAUUUGUGAGAGAAAUAAAAGAAGGCUGGUGGAAGUUAAUUUGAUUGAAUAUUGGAAAAUGAACAGCUGGGAGUGAUAGUGUUAUACGAUUGGAAGAUGCUAGUUUGUUCUAAUCUAAAAUGACUUAUAUUUUACAAUUUCUUUUGUUAAUGAUAGGAUGAUGGGGUUCUGA